AGGGCUUUUGAAUUUGUCUCUCUGUUUCGAGAUCUCUACGAUGGUGUCCAUUUCAAUCUCUCUUUGUUCAGUGAAAAGAUCAUAAACAGCUAAUUAUAGAAUACUUCUUCUGACGGAAAACAUAAAGAGAGGAUUUUUUUGAUCUUAUUGAGUUACCGGAGGAUAAAGACGGUACCUUUUUCACUGAUUUGACUUACCGGAGAUAAAGAUGGCGGCUGUGCCGGAGAUUAAGAUAAUGAGAAGCGAGAGUUUGGGGCAUCGGAGUGACGUGUCGAGCCCGGAAGCUAAGCUAGGGAUGCGUGUGGAAGAUCUCUGGGAUGAGCAGAAACCACAGCUGAGCCCUAACGAGAAGCUCAACGCUUGCUUCGAGAGUAUCCCUGUCUCUGCUUUCCCUCUCUCUUCUGAUUCUCAAGACAUCGAGAUUAAAUCAGAUACAAGUUUGGCUGAAGCUGUUCAGACACUAUCGAAAUUCAAGGUCUUGAGCGCGCCUGUUGUAGAUGUUGAUGCCCCUGAAGACGCCAGUUGGAUUGAUCGCUACAUCGGUAUUGUAGAGUUUCCAGGCAUUGUUGUCUGGCUUUUGCAUCAGUUGGAGCCUCCAUCACCAAGGAGCCCUGCCGUUGCAGCUUCAAAUGGAUUUUCUCAUGAUUUCACCACCGAUGUUCUAGAUAAUGAAGAUUCAGCCAUAACUUCUGGAAACUUCUUUGAGGUCCUUACUUCUUCAGAGCUAUACAAGAAUACCAAGGUUCGAGAUAUCUCUGGAACAUUCCGAUGGGCACCGUUUCUAGCUCUGCAGAAGGAGAACUCCUUUCUAACCAUGCUAUUGCUUCUUUCUAAAUACAAAAUGAAGAGCAUCCCCGUGGUUGAUUUAGGUGUAGCAAAGAUCGAGAACAUAAUCACACAAUCAGGAGUUAUCCAUAUGCUGGCAGAAUGUGCAGGGCUUCACUGGUUUGAGGAUUGGGGAAUCAAAACUCUCUCUGAAGUUGGUCUUCCCAUUAUGUCAAAGGAUCAUAUCAUAAAGAUAUAUGAGGACGAACCAGUUCUUCAGGCGUUCAAGCUGAUGAGGAGAAAAAGAAUCGGAGGCAUACCUGUCGUUGAAAGGAAAAGUGAGAAGCCAGUAGGUAACAUAAGCCUUAGAGAUGUUCACUUUCUCCUCACUGCACCAGAGAUCUACCAUGACUACAGGUCAAUCACAACAAAGAACUUCUUAGUAGCUGUUAGAGAGCAUCUGGAGAAACAAGGGGAUACAUCAGCUCCUAUAAUGAGCGGUGUGAUCGCUUGCACUAAGAACCACACACUAAAGGAACUGAUUUUGAUGUUAGAUGUCGAAAAGAUCCAUAGGAUAUAUGUGGUGGAUGAUUCUGGUAACCUCGAAGGACUCAUCACUCUCAGAGACAUCAUCGCAAGACUUGUCCAUGAGCCAUCUGGCUAUUUUGGGGAUUUCUUUGACGGCGUUAUACCUCUUCCCCAAAACUACCGAGUUUGACAAAACUGUGUCUUUCUUGUGUAAAUUGUCCUUGUUCUUUCCUAAUGCUUCUGUCUGUUUGUGGCAAAGUUCUUGGAUUUGUGUUAUAAACUUUCAAACAGAAAUAAUAAAAGAAGAAAGAGCCGGUCUUUGAGUGAA